AUUCAAAAUAUAUUAAUGUCAUAUCGUAACGACAUAACCGAGACGUCACUUUAUUUAUAUACUUGUCAAAUGUCAAUUGAAGAUAUAAAAUAAUUUCUCCAAAAUUAUGGAGAAACAUUUCACUUCUGGUAGUGAUAUAUCAGUCGAUAGUCUCGAAGAAGAAUUUAAUAGAAAAGUUAUCGUGAAACAAGUAUCCGAGGAAAAUGUUGACACAAUACUUGUCCCGUUUUAUGAAAAAGACGUAUUGAUAAAAAUACCAAAAGAUCGUAAAAGAAAACAGAAAGCAACAAAAAAUUACCUUGUCAAUAAAGACAGACAAAAGGCCAAAUGUGCCACGUACUUGGAAAUAUUUCGCAAGCAGUUCACUACUAAAUGUGUUGAAAAAAUGCCAGAAAAAGAUGAAAUACGGUCAUUGUCUCCCGAAUUUGGUGACACUGAAAGAGAAAGUAUUGGAGAAGACAAUAAUCCCGUAUCAGAAUUUUUCAAUACCGAAUCAUAUAAUGAAAUAUACUAUGCAAAACUGAUGAACAGUGAUGUUCCCCAAAAUUUUGAUAAUUCUUAUGAAGACGAUUAUCGUUUUACGGAUGAUAUAAGAAGUAAAUCACCAGAUGAACUUGCAGAUAACAAUUUUAGAAGCAUUUCUGAGGUUUCUCAACCACGUCGUCGCAUGAGACGUAAUACAGUGCAGCCGAUACAAAAUGUAAAAUUGGGAGGUUUAGGACCUGAUAUGGAGAAAAUUAAACCACGGCUAGAACGCGCCAGGAGUCUUCAAAGAUACUCUGAGAAGGUGAGGAUGGAAAAUCGUUUAAAGAUUUAUAAAAAAUCAGUCCAAGCUGAAGCUGAAAAGAAAAUUGAAAAGGAAUUAUCAGCAAGACACCGAGAUUCUUCAAAAGAUUGUAAAAAUGAAACAAUGCCUCUUAUUUAUUACCGAACAAAAAAAGACACAAAUGCAGGAAAAUGUAAUGGAAAAGUUGAAUAUGAAAGAGACGUUCAAGUGAAAGUUAGAUCGGCAACUCGAGCAAAACCUUCCAUCACAGGAACCGAACACGCAGAAGAUGUUCCACCAGUUCAAAUUAAUUUUAUGGUCAAUGUCGGGAGAGUGAGGCCGUCAAGCACUCUUAAAACUCUAGAAGAAAAACACAGAAUGUAUCAGGAACAAGUAAAGGCGUUCAAUAUAGGCCAAAAUAAUAUGUAAUUUAUGAGAAGUAUAUUUUGUUGAUAUAUUUUUUUUGGCAACAAGCGCCCCAAUAAAUUUACUGCUUAUAUUCUGUUUCAUAUAAAUCAUCGGUCUAUAGUACGAUUACACGAUAUUUAUUGAUGCCUUCGAAA